AUGCGUCAAGGAAACACGACGGAACAGGCGGCGCCGUGGAAUUUGGAGUUCCGGUGGGACCGAAUCAGACCGCCCAAAUGGCAGUGAGUUUUUAGCCAUUUUCAGGGGCGGAAAUCAGAAAACUUGUCCCUAACAAGUCUGGAAAAAUUCAGGAAGCCGAAUCUGAUGUACACGCACAUUUUCCUCAAGCUCUUCUGCGCUGUCUUCGUCCUUUUUCAGCACUGGAUCCCCGGAAACAAGUAUUUCGAGGAGUACAAAGGCUUCCUUUGCGACAAUUUAUUCUUCGAACACAAAAUGAUUUUUUAUGUGAGCUCAGAACGAACAUUUAGAGAGAAAUCGAACGAAAUUCAGGUAUCUGUUCUGUUCGCCGACUUUUUCAUCACGAAAAACGUGUUGGGGCCACGAUUGACCGGUUUGCAUCACGGAUUCAAGAAAGACGAGGAGACCGGACAGAUUUCCUAUCAUUUUUAUGCUGAGAAGGUGAUUAUCGAUUUUUGUUUGAAAUUAAUAUAGCAAGUCAAAAAAUUCCAGAAUUUUCUGACCCGCUACUCUUCGAUCGAUCGCGACGCGUUCUUCACCGUUUUCGUCUUUUCCUCCGCCUGGUCGUUUUUAAAAAUCUUUAUGGCGAUGGGAACAGUCCUUUGGGUUGGUUGAAAUGUUUCUUGAACUGUUGAAACAUUUGUUUUCAGCGGUGGUGGCUUCCCGUGGAAAUUCUCGCGUUUACCGGCGUCUACCUGAACCUGUGGCUCUUCGUACAAACUCGAUAUUAUCGGCAGUGGACGAUGCAAAAAUUCGCCGGCGCUUGGCUUUACAAUUUUGUGAGAAACAAUAAGUUUCAUAUUGUUUACACGUUUUUUCCAGUUCGUUCGAGUGAAGUUCAAUUACGAAGAGGGCAGCUCGUUCAAAAACGGCUGGACACCGAGAUAUUAA